UUCUUUCUUUCUUUCUUUCUUUCUUGUUUUAUAUAUAUAUGUAUGUAAAGUAUGAUACAACAUGAUUCAUUCAACUCAAUCAUAUUUACCAUGGUCUUCAAUAUCUCUUGAUGAGGAAGAAGACUUGUCUACAUAUGAUUCUACCGUCGCUCUUACACCUCCUGAUACUCCACUUGAAUAUAAACAACCAUUUUAUAUAUCAGACCCUUGUGAAAAAGACCAACCCUAUUAUUAUCAACAACAACAACAACUAUUACAGAAUAUACCACCUACUAUCAGUAUCUGUUUGAAUGACUAUGGACUUCGUCUCGAUACCAACUUUACGGAUAUUGCUCGUUUAAGGAAUUAUCUUUUAUCCUUUGUUAUGGAACCAACUUCACCUUCCUCAUCAACUACAACUUCAUCAACCUCAUCCGGUCAAUUAGUACCUCGCAACAAACGAUACCGCAACAAACCUGUCAAUCUAUUUCAACGGUUCUAUGAACUAGGUCAACUAUACAUCAAUGGAGGAGGUUCUGAAUCUAUACCCAUGUUUUUUCAACAAAUGCUUCUCAGACAACAGACAGUGUUUGCUUGUAUUCAUACUUACUUUGAUUGUUGGGUUCGAUAUUUCCCUGUCUUCCCUAGGCAACAAAUCCUGGCAAUCAUGGAUCAACCAAGAGGAUUGGAUUCCGUUAUCGUCAAUGCUAUUGCUUGUUUUGCACUCAAACAUAUGUUUGCUCAUCAUCAAUAUCCACCCGCUUUGGAAGGUAUGCGACGUGAUCCUACCAAGAUACGCGAUAUGGAAGAAUUCUUUUUCAACGCUGCUAAGCACACUUUGGAACAAGUACUUUUUGAUGAUGAUGACAAUGCUAUCACUCGAUUCGAUAUUAUGGGGAUCAUCUUGAUGAGCUACAGAGUGGAUAGAAAAAAGAAAGCGAUUUAUAUGUCAAUGGCGGUUCAAGCUCUUCAAUCUCUACAAAUUCGACCAGGGGAUGAUGAUGAUGAUAACAAGGAUGAUAUUUGGAAAGCCGAAUUGGAUACACGACUCUGGUGGAUGGCUUGGAUGAAUGAUUUUGCAGUAUCAUCUUCUGGUAGCUCGACAACUAUGCCUUUUUAUUUGCAAGAUGAUAAUGAAUCAUCUCGACGUAUACGGGUUCCACGGUUAUGGUCAUUUGAUUGCGACGGUGCAUCCGAAUAUGGUAUCCUGGUCAAUGAACAUUGUCUCUCGAUAUGGCGAAUGCAAGCGGAUAUUGUACAACAUCACUAUACUUCAACAAGUGAUGAUAAUACGGCUGUCGAUUACGAUUUACUAGCUACCUUCGACUCUCAACUAGAUCAAUUUUUACAACAUUUACCUUCAAAUUUACAAUCCAAUGUACCCUAUGAUGCAAGCGCUAUUUCCCUUGUUCGUGCACGUGUCCAUCUGGAAUUCAAUGCCACUCGGAUCAUCUUACAUAAACUCUAUAUUCCUGAUGAUGAUAAUUAUCUCAUGGAUGCUACUCAUUUUCUUCAAUGGCGAUCUCUCAACAUUUGCUUACAAGCAGCCUUGGAUCAGUUGACUAUUUUCCACCACUGUAUUAUGGAUUAUCCUUUGGUAUUACGAUGUGGAUUUGAUCGAGACGAAUUAUGGCGUGCGGCUGAAAUUAUCUCGGUAGCAUUGGACUUUUUGGAUCGAAUACAAGAUAAUAGUAGUAUCAGGCAACGGAUUUUAUACCAAGUAGGGACCAAGGACACUUUAUUACAAGCUUUGCAAUCCUCUCUGACAUUAGUACAACAUACAUAUGAACUACGAGAAUGUAACAACAGCAACUUUCGACAAUUGGAAGAAUGGCUUAUGGAACGUAUUCAGUAUCACAACAAAACUAAGCAUCACAGAAAACCUUGUAUGAAAAAACGAAAAUCAUCAGGUCAACAAAUCUCUUUUUCUACAAAUGUCCUCCAACAUAAUUCUGACAUCAAGCAUCGAACUCCUCCCAAAACCCGAUUCCGUUACUUUAGUCCCAAGCAAAGCAAUGGUCUUUUAUUUAUUGAUGAAAAUCCCAUGCAUCGAUGAAUCCUUUUUUUUUUUUUUU